GCAACUUCAGCGGCAGCAGCCGAUCGAGGGGACCAGCAAGUACGUGUGUGUCUGUGUGUGUGUGUGUGUGUGUGUGUGUGUGUGUGUGUGUGUGUGUGUGUGUGUGUGAGUGAGUGUGUGUGUGUGUGUGUGUAUGUGACAGAGCGAGAGAGCAGAGAGGAGGAGGAGGAGGGAGGGAAACAAGCAGGAAAAACGCGCUGGAAGCUUGACAUACUUUUGUGGGCAUGUGAAAAGAUGUAACUCAUCUUGGGAAGGAAUCUCCCGGGAUGGGAAACUGGAUUAUUGCUCCCCUUACCGAGACAGCGUGGUGGACGUCCGAGUAGGCGAACCGGGGACACACACACAACGGAAUGACUGGAUUCUAACCUUUCGCAGAAUGGGAACUUACUCUGCUCGAUUUUCGUUGAGUGAAAAGUGUUGUUACCUCUCACCGGCGGCUCUUUCCCCACUUACUGCUUGGUCUUCCAGUGGGGCAGAUAGGCGUGUGGACAUUAUCCCCAUGGACUCCUAAACAGCUGCUCUCCUUGGCCGCAUGUGGGAUGUCUUGUCAGGGCUAGGGUCCCUCCCCUUUCUCCCAUGAGCCUCCUGUGUGCCCACGCACACACCUGGCGCCUCCCCCUCCGCUCUUCCGGCGCCCGCCCAUACGCACGCACUCGUGCACUAACACCCGUGGCAUCGACGCGGCCGUGAACCGGAGCCCUCCGAGCCCAGCAGUGCCCUGUGGAGUCGAGGCCAGCCCGCGUGGAGCCUGAGGAUGUCAACAGAGACCGAGCUGCAGCCAGCGCUCAGGCCGGGUACUGUCAGACGCGACUCCAAGCGGAAAGGACAGGAUCGCAGUGAGGCAGCGCUCAUCAGGCGCUUUAAGGGUGAUGGCGUCCGCUACAAGGCCAAGCUCAUCGGCCUGGACGAGGUCACUGCCGCCCGCGGAGACAAACUCUGUCAGGACUCAAUGAUGAAGCUCAAGGGUAUGGCCGCGGCCGGGCGCUCUAAAGGAGAACACAAGCUGAAGGUGUUCCUCACUGUCUCCUUUAGCGGCAUCAAGAUCUACGAUGAGAAAUCAGGGGUCCUCCAGCAUCACCAUGCGGUACAUGAGAUCUCCUACAUCGCCAAGGAUAUCACCGACCACCGAGCCUUCGGCUACGUCUGCGGGAAGGAAGGAAACCACCGCUUUGUGGCCAUCAAGACCGCCCAGUCGGCAGAGCCAGUGAUCCUGGAUCUGCGGGACCUGUUCCAGCUCAUCUACGAGAUCAAACAGCGUGAGGAGUUGGAGAAGAAGGCUCAGAAAGACAAGCAGUGUGAACAAGCUGUCUAUCAGACAAUUCUGGAGGAAGACCUUGAGGACCCUGUGUACCAGUACAUUGUGUUUGAGGCGGGACAUGAACCCAUCCGUGACCAAUCAGAGGAAAGCAUUUAUCAGGUUCCGACCAGUCAGCAGAAGGAGGGAGUCUAUGACGUCCCAAAGCGACACCCAAACGGGCAGCAACGACCUUCUCAUAACCAUGAACAUCAUCAUUAUCAUCGUCAUCAUCAUCAGCCACCAUCCUCAGAACCACCACCUGAACCUGCCCAGCCACAGGGGGCAGUGGCAGACCUGAUAGAUUUAACCUUUGGAAUGGUGACCCAGAAUAUUAACCAACUAGAGCUUUUUGGAGACAUGUCCACUCCCCCGGAUAUCAUCUCUCCAUCCACCCCCGCCUCUCCCGCCAAUACCCUGCUAGACCCCUCCCUGGGCCUGCAGCCCCCCUCAGAACUCUUUGCCUCCUUCAGCCCCACCUCUUUGCCCUCAGGUUAUGUGACCAUGGGAGCCGUGCCUCCAGCCCACUGGUCCCAGCAGGCCUUCGCCGCCCAGGCCCCCCUGGCAUUCGGGGUGCAGUCUCCCCUGGGCCAGGUGCUGCCGGGGGGCCAGCCCCUUAUUUGGGGCCAGGCCAACCUGUUCCCCGCCACGCAGCAGCAGUGGGCGGCCAUGGCGGCCGGAGCCUUCCCUCCAACAGCCUACCUCCCUGGCCAGCCCGUGGGGCCCCUGCCUGCCGCCAUGUUCCAGACCCUGGCCCAGAUGGCGGCCAUCCCCUCCCCCACCGGUGACGGCCAAUCAGGUGUGGCCGCCGCCGCCACCGCCACCGCCACCGCAGGCGCAUCGGCCCUCUCGCCAUCGGCACUGUCGAGUCCCCUGCGCCAGGAACGUGCCGCCCUGAAGAUGAGCAAGGAGAUGUUUAAGGACUUCCCCCUGGCGAGGGCUCCAGCCAUGCCGGGCCCGAAGACGGGGCAGCCCAAUCUAGCAGGAACCUCUGAUGCUUUCAGCAGCUACUUCAACCGAGUGGGCACCGCCCAGGACACAGACGACUGUGACGACUUUGACAUUUCUCAGAUGAAUCUGACACCUGUCACCUCUACAACGCCCUCCACUAACUCACCGCCAACAUCGGCCCCCAGGCAGAGCUCCCCCUCCAAGUCCUCACAUGUCAGCGACCCCCCAACCGACGCAACGGACCCCCCUACGGAUGACUCGUUUGGCGAGGUAGAGGGCAGCCCUAGUCGCAGUGGCGAGGAGGACCCUGCGUGUAGUUCUGGUUCUCCCUGCCCCAGCGAGACGACAGAGCCUUGUCCUGACCAGGCCAGUCCAGAGGCAGGGAGCUAGACAACCGCAGGGAAGGAAAUGGAAGGACCCGCUCUAUGCCCAGGUCAACAAAGGGAAAAAAUAAAAAAGCUACAAGAGACGUCAGAACCAGACCAGCAAUUGGCAAACCAACAGAAACCUUCAGUGUGUGCGUGUAUGUGCUUGUGCAAGUGUGUGUGUCUGUGUGUGUGUGGGUGUGGGAGUGUGUAAAGCCCGACUCUGCCCCUGCACGGUACCACUGCCAUUCCUCCUCUCCAAUGUCUAACAACCUCCCCAGAGAAAGCUCCUCUAGCCCACGUACCUUCAUCUCCUCCUCCGCCUCCUCCUUCUCCUCCUCCUCCUCAUCUCGGCUGCCCUCGCUCUCCCUGUAAAGGACAGAGAGAGUUAGCGAGAGCGAUAGAAAGACCUAUGGUUGAUUCCUCUUAUAUGAGAUCUGUCACCAAAUGCUCUUCCCUCCUGCUCCUCAAUCUGUACCAAUACCAAGGGCCAACACUUACAGACAGACCUGCUCCACCUACACCCAUCCAGCCCUCCCCUUCUCUCUUUGCUUCUCUCUCUUACUCGCUCCUCCUCCUACGCCUCUUCUUCCUCCUCCACCUCUGACAUUUCCCAUACCAGAGUUGUGGCCAGAUCGAAGCCUCAUCCAUCCACCUAUGCGUGUGUGUGUGUGUGUGUGUGUGUGUGUGUGUGUGUGUGUGUGUGUGUGUGUGUGUGUGUGUGUGUGUGUGUGUGUGUGUGUGUGUGUGUGUGUGUGUGUGUGUGUGUGUGUGUCUCUGUGUGUGUGUGUGUGUGUGUGUGUGUGUGUGCGUGCAUGUGCGCGGCAAACACAGACUACACUACUCAACUCAUAAACACACACUGAGACUGGAAGGUAUAAGAGCGACCAUAUUUUAUGUACACGCAAAUGAAUUAAUGCGUGUAGCAGAGAUCCAGUGGAGGAGCUAGAUUCUAAUGGGCCUACCAGGACAAAUCUACUGCUUCUGCUUGGAAGAUCCCUCCACCUGAUUGGUCGGGCGUUUUUUUGUUUCGUUUUUUCCCCAUACAUGUGAGUGUCUGCUGGAUCAAUAUGCAGAAAAAGACAACUGGAGCUAGACACAUACAAAUACAUACACUUCCAUACAUAGACAUGCACUUACAGACAGGUACAGGGGACGUGUGUGGGUUCAGAGCCAAUAUGUUGGUGUUCAACACUCCUACACCCACGAAGACCCAGAAAGACAUACAUAUACGUGAAUCAGACACCCGGACAAACACACACAUUCAAAUAAUAAAAUCAGACAUUACUACAUAUAAACCUAUCAAAAUACCACUUAACACACACGCAAACAUUUGAUUGGCCAAACAGGUGUAAGUGGCCAGCUGGACACAGGCCAGAGGACUAGACGUGCUACAGAAUGGGAUCUGUGAAGACAUGGAUGUUGCAAAUCAAACUGAUUCUGUGAUUGAACUGUUCACUCUCUAUAGCUUUUGUACAAUACAAAUGAAAAAGAAAUGAACAAAUAAAUGAAGACAAAAAAAUGAUUUUUUAUUUUAUAAGUCAAAUCCGGCCACCGGGGGCAGCUCUAUAGGAGUUAUAAAGUGUACAUGGCUUUAAGGCAUCUGAUCCAUGGUUUGCCAAGCUCAUUUUGUAAAUAAUGAUAACAAGAAUCAUUUGGUCCAGCGGACUUCUGUGCUAUAAAAUAGGAAGGCUUCCGUUAUGCAAAUUCUUUAUAGAUUUUACCCAAGCAAUAUCAACGUUCGUCCUCUACUUAUGUUUCCGGGUCCUGUCUCAAAGCGCCCCCUCCCCCAACCCUCACCCCUGGCUUCAGUCCCCUGAGCCUCGUUUCACACAACACCAUUGUUUCUCGUCUUAACCCUUUGUUGCCCAACAUAAGGUCCCAUUACCCCCUACACUGCACCGGUGUAUCAAAGUUAGCAUGACUGCUCAUGUGACAGCAGCCGCUUCGCCAUGUGACUUGUAGAACCCCCUCCCCUGCUCUACGUCCCAUCACGUGUAGAACCCUCUCCCCCGCUCUGUCACACCUAGCUGCUCCAUCCUCAUUACCUGAUUCAACCCCCCGCCCGGUCCGCCCACCUCGUAGCGUCCCAUUCCUGAGUCCAGCGACCCUGCUGUACAUGAGCGUCUCACCGGGGGGGGUGUUAGUCGUUCGUUGGUACAUCCCCACCGCUGGGCUAUCCGUCUCUCUGGUUCCAGAACAUCUGCAUCCAGGCCUCAACUCGAAGCCAGUGACUCCUUAUUUUAUGGCCUCCAGUCCGCUGCCUCAUUUGAUUUCUCUUUUAUUUAUUUUGAAUUUUUGGACUUAUUGAUUUUGGUGUUGAUUAUCUUGAUUAACAAACAAAAUGAUUGAGCGAAAAGUGAAAUGGAUUUAAAAAGGGAAAGCGUUGUUUUUGAGUCCGUAACAUUUCUAGACCCUGUUUUAACUUUUACCUCAGCUAACGGUUUCUUAAGCGUCAAAAUUGACAUGUCAUUUUUUUAUCAUUAUGAAUAUGAUGCAUCCUACAGUGGAUUUUUAGAUGAUUUUGCUUUUUUUCUCUUUUGUUUUGACCUUACGUAUUCCACAAUGUAUUACUGUUGCAAAUAAACACAUCCCAAAUGACUAA